UACUGUCAUGACCGAGGGUCUACAUGGGGAUUUGUUGCUCUGCUCAGACCCGACAGGGCAAGUGGGUGUUGUGGUGGAUGUUAAUAUCUCUGUUGAUUUAUUGGCUCCUGAUGGUUCCAUCAUAAAAGACAUCUCAUCCAGAGACUUGAAACGUGUGAGGGAUUUCACUGUUGGAGAUUAUGUGGUACAUGGUCCCUGGCUUGGUAGAAUUGAUGAUAUAUUAGACAAUGUAACUGUGUUGUUUGAUGAUGGUUCUGUGUGUAAGGUUGUCCGUGCUGAGCCCAUGCGUCUCAGACCAUGUCCCAAGAAUACACUUGAAGAUGAUGGGCAUUUUCCUUACUACCCUGGCCAGCGUGUAAAGGCGAGCUCUUCUUCUGUUUUCAAGAAUUCUCGAUGGUUAUCUGGCUUGUGGAAAGCUAAUCGGUUGGAAGGUACUGUUACUAAGGUUACAGCUGGAUCUGCAUUUGUUUACUGGAUUGCAUCUGCUGGCUAUGGCCCAGAUUCUUCUACUUCCCCAACUGAAGAGCAGAAUCCCAAAAACCUAAAACUCUUGUCUUGUUUUGCUCAUGCGAGUUGGCAAGUGGGUGACUGGUGCCUUCUUCCAUCAACGGUUCAGUCUUCCUCCAUAUCCUUAGAUAAGGGUAUAUCUAAAUUGAGGCUUCGUGAUUCCAUUAAAAAUGAGGCUGAUAAUAGUCAACUUGAAAGUGGGUGUGAUUCAGAAGACACGCAAGAUGAACCAAAUGAAAAUGGUGAAUCUACAGACUUUGAUCCAGACCCUGCACUCAACAGAGAUAGUGAAGGUGUUCGAAGUAAAGCAUCACAUCAGUCUAGCUUUUGCAGUAGUUCAUUGUCAGUUUCAAAGGAGCCUGUCCUUGAACCUUGGCCUCUUCAUCGGAAGAAGAUUCGUAAAGUUGUGCUUAGGAAGGAUAAAAAGGCACGAAAGAAAGAGGAAAAUUUCGAAAGAGCUCUUUUAAUCGUCAAUAGCCGGACAAAGGUCAAUAUAGCCUGGCAAGAUGGAACAAUGGAACAUGGGCGGGAUGCUACGACCCUGAUUCCAAUUGAUAGUCCUGGUGACCACGAAUUUGUCACAGAACAAUAUGUGGUUGAGAAGGCCUCUGAUGAUGUUGAUGAUACUAAUGAAGCUAGGCGUGUUGGGGUUGUGAAAUGUGUGAAUGCAAAGGACCGUACUGCUUGUGUGAGGUGGUUAAAACCAGUUGUCAGGGCUGAAGAUCCUCGAGAGUUUGACAAGGAGGAAGUUGUUAGUGUCUAUGAGUUGGAGGCUCAUCCCGAUUAUGAUUAUUGUUAUGGGGAUGUAGUAGUACGACUGUCUCCAGUUUCUGUUUCAAAGCAAACAUUUUCUACCAUGGACUCUGUUGAGGAGCCAAAGCAGAAUACUGAUUUCAAUGAUGCUAAACGAGACGUGAAGAAGCAUUCUGGAUCCAAGAAAGUUGAAGGCCAUUCAGCUCAAGAAGCUUCUGCAGAGUUUUCAGAUCUCUCUUGGGUUGGGAAUAUUACUGGCCUUAAGGAUGGAGAUAUUGAAGUAACCUGGGCAGAUGGAAUGGUCUCAACGGUUGGACCUCAAGCAAUUUAUGUUGUUGGACGAGAUGAUGAUGAUGAAUCAAUUGCUGCAGGAAGUGAAGGCAGUGAUGGGGCUGCUAGUUGGGAAACGGUUAAUGAUGAUGAAAUGGAUGCUCUUGAGAAUGCUCAAGAGGAUCUUGGGCUGCAAGAUUCCACUGACAUGAACUCUGACACAGAGGAGAGUCCUGAGAAUAACUUUGGAAGGAAUGCUGCACUGGCUCUCCCUUUAGCUGCACUUGGGUUUGUUACCAGACUGGCUUCUGGAAUAUUUUCACGAGGACAAAAAAAUGCUGAUUCAGAUUCUAGAAGUGACAAUGAACUUCAAUCCCAGGGAUCAGGGAAUGUGUCUGAGGGAAGGGAUUCUGUUGACGAGUCUAGUUCUCAGAAAUCUAAUUCCAUUGAAAAUUGUGGUGUGGAAAGCCCUCAUGCGAAAGAAGAAGAACUGGUUAAUGCAGAAGUCUCUAUAACUUCAGAUACAGAAGAAGCAGAAACGUUUCACUCCUUGAGAAGUGAAGAAUCAGAAUAUCCUGCAGGUUGUGCUGGUGACACUAGCAUUUUCAAACGGUUUGAUAUAUCAAAAGAUCCUCAGACCACUAUUUUCUUGGUGCAAAUGGAAAGAAUAGCAAUGGAAGAAAGUGGUUAAAGAAAGUUCACCAAGACUGGAACAUUCUUCAAAACAAUCUGCCUGAUGGGAUUUAUGUGAGAGUUUAUGAAGAUCGAAUGGAUCUCCUCAGGGCAGUAAUAGUUGGAGCGUAUGGUUCACCUUACCAAGAUGGCCUCUUCUUCUUUGAUUUCCCCCUUCCUCCGGAGUAUCCUGAUGUUCCACCG